GGGAGGACAGUUUCCUUUCUGUAACACGCUUACAUGAACACACCACCGGGAAAGAGGGAAGAAAAUAAUCGAGAAGGAAGGAAACACAGCACCCCUUUCGUCCGCCUGCGCGUCCAUCCAUUUGGUUGGUUGUUUUAUUUUUCCAAGAGGGGUGCGCACUCCCCCCCCCCCCUUCUCUCUCUCUAUUUUGCGCAGACUUGCGGACUAAUAUGGAAAGACAGAGCUCCCGGUGAGGAUUGGCUUUCAGUGAACCUCUUUCUGUGGUACAAGCUAAUAGGAAGGGGAAAAAAGGCGAAAGGGAAGACAUGUUGGGGGGCUGCUCGUCUUGAGCUGCCGUUGCGUUGCGCUCUCUUGGAACGGGGCGAAUGGAGGCUGACCGGGUUGCUCAGGAGCCAUUAUUGCGCGCGCAGUUUGUUUAAUUGGUUUUGUUAUGGUCAGAAAUAAGGUAGGCCUCUGAGGAAGCCCUGCAGUAAAUAAAUACACAGUCAGCGGAGCAGGGGGUGGGGGGACCUUUGGUUUGAAAGUAACCUGAUCUUUUAUGGACAGAAUUGUUUUGGGAAGAAUACCAAAAGGAGAAUAUAUAUUUUGGUCUUUUAGGGGAGCGAUCCUAAAGGCAGAAUUAUACAAAGGCCUAGUUUACGCGUGAACUUGGCACUUAAAGACGCUUUCCUGAAUCCUCCACCGCCUGGAUUUGAGCACAGAGGGUGAUCUCCGAAUUAUUUUUUUUCUUGCCUGGAACGUCAGCACAAAUAGGGUUUUUCCAAUGUUGAUGUCGAACGACGUUGCUUCAAUUAUGCUGCCCGUGUCCCGGGCGCUCAUGGACCGGGACAGAGAGCUGGACACCAUGCCAGGGGUGCAUCCCAACGCGGGCGGCGCUCCUGCAGCCGUCCGGGGCAUGAAGCGCGGGGACCCGGAACCAGACGCGCAGACGGCGGCCGCGCUGGUGGACUCCAGCGGGGCAGAGUGCAAGCGCCCCCGCAUCGACGGCUCGGGAGGGCUCGGCGAGGUCGGCCAGAACAACGACCCAUUGACUCUUGGUUACCACGGAUACCAGGCUCACAGUCAGGGCUCUCAGGAUAGUGCUGGCGGUCAGGAGGGACUGGUACCUCCACCUUUCUCAGCGUUUCCACCUCCCCCUCCACCACCCCCUCAGAAUGGCCUGACCUUGGACUACGGCGGCAGUCUCUACGCGACGGGGGCCGUUCAGGGCCCUGUGGAGGCCGGCGGAGCGGGAAACGGCGUGGUCAACCCUGCCAACAGUCUCAGCGCUCAAUCAGAUGGGUCCUCUCAGAUUGACGGCCAGUCUGGAGUCGGCUCGGGAGGAGGGGGCGGGGUCUCCGGGGACGAUUCCGAUGCCAAAGGGACCCCCAAACGCCUACAUGUCUCCAACAUCCCCUUCCGCUUCCGUGACCCUGACCUGCGGCAGAUGUUUGGGCAAUUUGGCAAAAUCCUUGACGUGGAGAUCAUUUUUAACGAGAGAGGCUCCAAGGGCUUUGGUUUUGUGACAUUCGAAUCGAGCGCAGAUGCGGAGAGAGCCAGAGAGAAGCUUCACGGCACCCUGGUGGAAGGGCGUAAAAUUGAGGUCAAUAACGCUACAGCCAGAGUGAUGACAAACAAGAAGAUAACCACACCGUACUCUAACGGAGAGGGCCUUGCAGCACUACCAUAUGCUGGUUGGAAGUUAAGUCCUAUGGUUGGAGCCAUGUACAGUCCGGAGCUUUAUACAGCUGCUGUGACCGAUAGUCCGGAGCAAAAAAUACAGUAUAUUUCUUGGCAGCUUCAAAACCUUAGCCAAAGCCAUCUGUCAGUACCGGGGUUUCCAUAUCCAGCAGCGGCAGCAGCUGCUGCCUCCACUGCUGCGACGUUUCGAGGCGCCCACCUGAGGGGCCGUGCCCGACCCGUCUACAGUGCCGUCAGGGCGGCCGUCCCCCAGCCCGCCAUCCCUACAUAUCCAGGCGUGAUGGCGUAUCAGGAGGGUUUUUACGGUGCCGCUGACCUCUAUGGCGGCUAUGCAACGUAUCGUUACGCCCAGCCAGCUGCUGUAGCAACUCCUGCAGCCGCUGCCGCCGCCGCAGCUGCAGCAUACAGUGACAGCUAUGGACGAGUUUACACAGCAGACCCCUACCAUGCUGCUCUCGCGCCAGCUGCCUAUGGAGUUGGAGCCAUGGCCACGCUCUACAGGGGGGGCUACAGUAGAUUUGCCCCUUACUAAAGACACUACACUUCCCCAGGAGCUCUUCUCUUUCAUUGAAUUAGUCUGAAAGAGCUCCCCCUGGUGUCAUGACGGUGGAUUGCACCCUGUUGUAAAGCGUGGAGCCGACUCGAGAAAGAUAUUUCAGGAUCCCCCACCCCCCCACACCCCAGAGAAGUCCCACAUGUUCUUAUAUACGCUACUACAUAAAUAGAGGAAUGCUGUAUUAAAGACUGAAGGAUGGCCUUAACUUUAAAAGAGGAAAUAAAAAAAAAAUAAAAAAAAAUGAAGACUGACAACGGCCACCUUCCCUGUUGCACGACUGUAUUAUAGUCCCCCUCCUCUUAUUCCCUCGGCACUCAGCUGCACAAGGUUUGGGGACGGGAGCCCAGAUGUUCUUCCAACAGCUGUGUGCGUGGACAACUGACACAAAAAAACAGCUGACGCUCGUGCACGAACAAGCCGAGCGCCGGUCGAGGCCGUCCGUUUGAGGAAAGAGAGCGCGGGGAAGCGAAACCGUGGUAGAACGCGAGGUGAUGGAAAGCGCCAGGAACCACGGUGGCGAGGCCCUCGAAAGACAAAAGCAGCAAAUUUUUUCUGAGAUGCAGGAGAAUGCCGAGGAGACGAGGCGCAUCUCUGCACUGUUGCAUGGAGGGGGCGAUGGAAAGCUGAUGGAGGGGAGGGUUUAUUAGAGCUGUUCCUUACCUCAAGUUUUCUUAGUAUGUGGAAAUGGUAAACCUUUAAACUUAAAGUUCUUGAUAUGCAAAGAAAUUAGUUUAGAGAGAAAAAAGUACCAAAUUAUUACAAUUACUAUUAUUAUUAUUAUUAUUAUUACUGUUGUAAUUAUUCAUUAAUAUGAUACCGUUAUUUUGUUUGACUCAGCUGCAUAGCAGUUGCUGGUGUGAUGGAGGUUCAACAAAAAACAAAACAAAAAAAAAGAUCAUAAUGUAGUAUCGACAUUGCAAAUACUCCACGUCUCAGAUAUAUUACACGACUGUGUCUCACAUUCUCCUGCAUGGGGUCUCACCAAACUGUGUGCAAGCAACACUACGGACAGUGCGACACUACAGACCUUCUCCUGUUUAGGUAAGUCCAAACUAGAUCAUCCGCCCACAAGCCUGCAGCUCAGGUACUCGAUGAUCCAAAACCCAACUUUUAUCUAGAUUCUCCUCACCGUUCUCCGUCUUUUAUAGAGUCCAGCAUCGAUUGAGUCUUCCUUAAGUAUAUUUUAGAUGGUAAUUGCAUUAAAGAUGCUGCCAACAGCAAUUACCGAACAAGAGAGAGAUUCAGUUAGUGAGUUAAUAGCAAAUAUUUAAAUGCAAAACACAUAACUAUUGUGCAUAUUUCUAUACUAUUGUACACUAUAUUUCUAAAACGUGGCUUUUUGGCUUUUUUGUUUGUUUGUUUGUGUUCCAAAGAUUUGUAGAAAGCACAUUUUUCUGCCGUAUGUAUAAAUAUAUUAUCUGUGUUUUAUUCUCAUUAUCCUAUCGUCUCUUUUUAUCUUUUUUUUUUUUGACCUUGUAAUAAUCUGGAGCCUAUCUGGGCCUUUGAUCGAUCAUAGGAUUUGCCGGCAUGAUGCUGAAUCAUAAAAAUGACAUAAACAGCUGGACUUUUCUCUUAUCUGUCUUUUUAUGCGUUGAAAUUUUGCAGAUUUGAAGUGAACGAGUAUAGAUGUGUGGCACUUUGGUUCAAAUCAUUUGUGUACUUAUCCGUUUUUUUAUUUACUGCAAUGAUGUUUUUUUUUCCCAUCAGUUUUUGUUUUUAAAGCAGAUUCCUGGCAUUUCAGUGGUUAAAUCUGUCAGCUUGCACCAGAUUUCCAGUAAAAGUCUCAAGUGUUUAUUAUCCGUACAAACAGAAUGUGAUCUGUGUUCAAAAUGGGUCCUUAAAACUUAUUUCAACGUUGGUUUCCAUUUUUCACGUUUGCAAAAAAAAAGAAAAGUCAGAUUAGUAUUUGUUUAGUUUUUUUUUAAGUCAUACUUCUUCUCACAGUGUAACUUUUUUGGGGAGGUAUAAUAUAUUCUGAAUGAUAUAGAAUGUGUUCUAGAGGAAAAAAAAGGGCACAAGCCAAAGAUGCUAAGAGUCUCCCAGCAUGUUCUGGUUUCUAACUUUAAAAAGUGCUACCAAAACAAGGAAAAAAUUGACUUUUGGAACCACUGAUGGCAUGGAUAAACCAGCAUGAGUGAUCCUUGUCCAGGUUAAAGAAGAAGAAGAAGAAAAAAGAGAAGGUUUUGCAUGAAUCUUGUGUCUUUUUUUUAUAUUUGGAGCUGCAGACCGUGCUGCACCCUUUACAACUAAAUUUCUUUAAGGGGCAGCUAGUGGUUACUAAUUAACAUGAGCACACAGCUAUUUGGCAAAAAAACAUGUAAAAAAAAUAAUGAUGACAUAAAUAACGUGGCAGCUUCAUUUUCCUAUCAUGGUUUUUAUGCCACGGUGUUAAAUAAAAAAAUGAAAAAGUGGUCAUUUUUGGUAUUUUUUUCAUCAAAUUGUCCUGUGUUGUUUUUAUUCUCCUUGACUGCCAUUAUUAUCAUUAUUAUUAUUAUUUUUGGGGUUAUUUUGUUAUUGAAUGUCCAUGUACAAUGUUUUCUAUAAAAAUGUUUUGUUGUGAUUGA